AUGGAGGCGUGGAACAGAAGGGCGAAGAGGCGGCGCAAGGGUGGUGAUGACGAUAAUGAAGAAGAAGAGUAUGUGUUGCUAGAGUUGGAUGAUUGCUUUUAUUCCAACGUCCAACCAAAUUCUCCAUAUAUACUCUCUGUAAGGUUUGGAUACACUCCUACCUUGAUAGUUGGUGAUGGCCUGAAGAUGAUUGGUGAGUACAAAGAAACGGUUGGCACGUGCUAUGCAUUUUCAGAAAGUGAUGCUCCACCAAAAUCCAUUCACGACGGGAUGGCCCCUCCCAAAGAAAAUAAGGGAAAGCAAGCCAGCAAUAGCAAGGAAGCACCAGCACGAACCAAGGCAGUGAAACAUCUCUCGAGCGUUCAAAAGAUACUCAAAUUCCGGUCCAUCGGUGAGGAUCAUCAGGACUACAGAGCAUAUCUGGACAAGGACAAAUAAUUUUAAAACCAAAUUCUAGCUGAUUAACCUUUCUUCAGAACUAGCGGCAUGCUACUCAAAAGCAUCAAUGCAUACAAAGUACAAUUUUUUUGGGUGAGCAUUCUAACCUGUAAUAAAAUACUUUUGCAACAAUUUAGAUGUGCCGAGAAUGAUUCCACUGGACAGUUUUGUUUGCAGUGAAUAUGAUGCUAGUAUAGUUAUUAGUAACA